AUGUCGAUGCAUCACCAAUAUGGUGACAAACUGUCAACAUGCCAUCACAGAGUACUUAGCGUUAGUGCACAACCGACAUUGGGAUAUCAGCCUUUAUCAGCAGUUCCUAGACGAAUACAACUAUCUUUUAUAAACGAUAAAUCUCCUUCACGAAUUAUAAAAACAAAACAAGGUUGCGAAAUAAAAUUGAAACGUAUGACUGAAAGUGAAAAAUAUAUUCGUAAAUCUGCUCUUUCAUCGUAUGAAGCAGUCAGGCCUACAAUAAGCUCUUGGCUUCGUCCAAACCGAAUGGUUGAAAUUGGAAACCGUAAUUUGGUAUUAGUUCCAUCUGAAAGAUAUCUUACUAAUGGAAAAGUAGAUUGUGGCUUAAAUAAACAACAAAAGUUAAAAGUCUUAUUCGCAGCAGGUAAUCGUUUAGAAAAUAACGAUUGCAUAAACAAGCAAAAAAAUUUUUAG